GGCCGUUUUAUCAACAUAUCUUAGCGUGAUCUUACGUAAGAUUCGUAGGAUUUUGACGUACGCUUAUCGUAAGUACUGCGAACCGUUUUAUCAAAGAAAUCGCAGCUAAGAUGUCGUAAGAUUUGUGCUGAAAGCUACGACUUGGUAAGACCACUCUUAGCGUUCGUAAAUUGUACUAAACAUGGCCGCCGCACGUGCUUUAGACGAUGGUUAACCAAGAGAGAUGAGACCACUCUUAGCGUUCUUAUUAUGGCGGCCAUAGGAGCGUUAGACGUCGCACGACCGAGAGAAAGGAGGCUGUUUCGACAAAGAAAGGGGUUCAGUGAUCUUAGAGACGCUGAAAUAUUGAGUCGCUAUCGAUUAGAUCGACAAUCCAUUUAUCGGCUUGUCGAUUUGUUAAGGGACGAUCUACAAAAACCGACGAGAAGAUCGAAGUCCAUACCUGUCCUAACGCAGGUGCUUGUGAGUCUAAGGUACUUGGCGAAAGGUGAUUUUCUGUCUGAGGUUGCUGACCUUCAUGGAAUUAGCAGGUUUCCAACUGGAAUUGCACUUGCUUCUGUCAAACAAGGAUUUUUUCAAAAAUGUGGCAUUCCAAAUACAAUUGGUGCAAUUGAUGGAACACUCAUUCCAAUAAUUGCCCCAGCAGCAAAUGAAGCCAUUUAUGUGUGUCGUAAAGGCUUCCCUGCCAUAAAUGUCCAAGCAGUUGUGGACCACAAGGCCAGGUUCAUUGACAUUGUGUCGAAAUGGCCUGGGUCUACGCAUGAUGCCUCUGCCUUUGACAGCUGUGGGUUAAAGACCUUUCUGGAAGAACACCACCAAGGGCACUUGCUGGGCGACUCGGGCUAUCCCUUGAAAAAAUAUCUGUUGACGCCAUUACUUAGACCUACAACAGAUGCAGAGUUACGAUACAACUAUGCCCAGUCAAGUGGGCGGAUGGUGGUGGAGAGGGCUUUUGGAGUUCUCAAGAGUAGAUUUAGAUGUCUACAUAAAACUGGAGGAUGCUUAUGCAUGCGGCCAGACAAAUGCUGCCAAGUAGUUGCAGCAUGUAUGCGUCUUCACAACUUGUGUGUCGAUCUGCAAGUGCCACUGCCUGAAGAACCUAUUGAGGAGGCUGAUGAUGUUGAUCACGCUGCCCCACAAGUUCAAAAUGACCGUCAUGCAUCAGCAUACAGACAGCAAAUUAUUCACUUAUUUAUGUAGCUGCUGUUCAAAGUUCACAUGCUUAUUUGGUCUUUGUCGGCUCAGGUUCUACUAAAAAGUACCCCUGGUACUCAAGUGUGUACUUAUAUGUAGCCCAGAUAUGGAAAAUACGCUUAAAGGCACCCCACCAUAUUCAGGGGUACUUUUUAGUUUGUUUUCUGUACCUGGGGUAUUUUGUAGUAUACUUAAGAGUACCCAGGGUACUUUAAAGUAGUACCUGAGCCGACAAUCACCAAUCAACCUCACAUGUACAUUAAGUACUCUAUGUAAGCCAUUGUGAUCUACCCAUGUGGGGCUUCAUGCAUAUAACUAUUUGUUGAUGAAAGUCAGGUCAUAUUUCUGUGAACAAUAUUUAAGCUAUGUUCAAAUUUGGUGAAAAGCUUUGCAAGAAUGUUAUUAUUGAAAAUUUCUAUGUCUGUUUUUGUAGUUUUUUAUAAGACACAAUUUUUAUGUCCCCCACCACUAUAGUGGGGGCAUAUUAGUUUUGCCCUGUCUGUUGGUAUGUGUGUUUGUUUGCGUCAAACUUUAACAUUUGCCAUAACUUUUGCAAUAUUGAAGAUAGCAACUUCAUAUUUUGCAUGCAUGUGUAUCUCAUGGAGCUGCACAUUUUGAGUGGUGAUAGGUCAAGGUCAUCCUUCAAGGUCAAAUGUCAAAUAUAUGGGGACAUAGUGUUUCCAAUGCUUGUGAUGUUUUCAUGUUUCCUUCAUAUUAUCACAAAGUGGAAAUAAAGUCUAUUCCUUUAAUACUUAGCUAAUAAACAUAACAGUACAUUUUUCUUCGCCUCCAAGGACAAAGGAAGUGGAACACUAUCUGAAAAUAAAAUACAUGUCAUGUUUCACAUUAUUUAUAAUGCAAAGUGAUGCUAAAAUGGUAACAUUGUAACAUUAGUGUAACAUUAAGAGAUGUGCAUAAACUAAUGAUUUUUUUUAAAACUGGUUUAGCAUACAUUUGUGUAAAUGAUGUAUAUAAAGACAGACAUGUCAAUAUGCUUCAACCCAUGAGCCCUUCCAAAGUAAAAUGUAUUAUGGGGUCAUUAUAUUAAUGUUUUUAUUUAAAUCAAAGAUAGUUUAGAUACUAAUAUAAUAAUUUGACUUACUGUUCUAAAAAAUUCUCCAAUACAUUUUGGGCAAGUUUUUUUUUGCUUUCAAUGAAGUACUGCUCCGCAGCCUUUUGUGUCUGAAUUUGUUGUUCCAUCAAUUUUCUUUUUAACCGGGUUGUUUCUGUUUGUUCAAUGAAGAACGUGUAUUGUGCUAGCUGCACAUCAGACAAUGUUCUGUAGCAACAAAUUAUUUUAUAUUGAACAUUUGUGAAAAUGAAUUGUGAAAUUUAGGUUUAAAUGUAUGCACAAUUUUUUUUGGAUAUAGUAUUAAAAUGUAUUAUCAUACAACUUAAUAAGUUACAAAGGCUGAAGUUUCAUAAUCCUAGGCCGAAGCGUUCUUGAGUUAUCAUCUAGAAACCAUAUGGUGAGCAGACCGACCGACAGACAGAAAUGAGCAAAACAAUAUACCCCCUCUUCUUCGAAGGGGGGCAUAAAUAUUUAAUUUGUAUGGAACUUACAUCUUUCUUCUCUUACAAGGCUGUUCAGAUUUGGCCUCACACGGGCUGUUUGGCGCAUCUUCCUAUAAUGUUUAUAUAUGAAUGAUUAUGACUUUUUAUAUAACAUAAGUAAUCCAAUAUGUUAGUUUAGGUCAUAAAUAUGCAUAAACUUAUUUAUAAUUUUACAAGUAAGAAACCAAUAACUUUUAUGUCAUAUAUGCAAACAUGUACAUUCAAUGACAAAGAUAUUUUGAUGGAGCCUAUUUAUUACAAUCGUAACUGCAAUUAAGUAACUUAAACUUUAACGAACUUUAUGCCGCAUAAUUAAUUUGUUAUUAUGACACACAUUGUUAGACCUUUUAUAUUUUAUUUGCUUAGUAACAUUGACACUCCUACAAUAAUAAAUGUGCCAUAAGUA